UCCGAAUAAUGAACAUAACAUUAUGUUAACAUAACAUUAACACAAGUGUCUGAGAAUGACGUGAACUGCUAUCACUUGUGUGGGAAUUGUGAGGCAUAGGGUUAUUAAUUCACGUAAUGUGAGUUCGCCACCAGGUGAUGCUAAAUCCUAAAUCAUUAACUUAAUAGAGUUUUCCAGUAACACCUGAACGCAGCACAAGUCCUCGCCUCCUUUGUCACAGACUGUGGUCUCUCAACACUCAGUGGCCACAGUGUCAGGUUGCUCGUGCGAUUCAACACCUGACGCUUCAAACUUUUUCUUUCAGACUCGGACUUGUUACAGCUUUAAUGAGAUCGGGUAAACAACGCUUCACACCUAAACGGCAAGAGACUUUUCCUUGAAUUCGUUAGAGUUUGAGCAUGGAUAAAUCCCUUCAGAUUGCCCCACACUCCUUGGCCCUGGUUCUGUCGCACAUUUCCACAGAUGAAGAUGGAGAGGACUCGCAAUCUUCUUCAUCACUGACCGCGGUGACCCCACGGGCCGUGCUCUCCGUUAACUUCGAGCAACAGCACAACGUAGGUUACGAGGUUUUCGCUAAUUUCAAAGCCGUCAACAUGCAGCACUUUUGGGACAAGUCUCUGACCCGAGCCCUGUCUGAGAUCUUCUUUCUGGGCUGGAUCGAUGAACAUGUCCUGCUGAUCCAGGGCAAAGAAGUUCACCUCCAGGUCCUGAGAAACGGAUGGACCAGGCGCGCACUGACACCGCCGCAGGGCUUCCAUAUCAAGUGCAUCGGUGACGUGUCUCCGAUCAGCAUGUCACCCAUUAGCCAAUCACAGUUCAUCCCACUUGGGGAGAUCUUGUGUCUGGCCAUCUCUACUAUGAACUCUGCUCACAAGCCUGUCAACCAGGAGGCUCUGAUGGAGCACCUCACUGCCAGCUUCCCAGGAGUUCCUACACCCAGUACUGAGGUCCUGAGACAUACCCUUAACAUGCUGGUGCGUGAGAGGAAAAUCUACCCAACUCCAGAGGGCUACUUCAUAGUCACCCCCCAGACCUACUUUAUUACUCCUUCCCUUAUCAGAACUAACAACAAGUGGUAUCACCUGGAUGACCGUCUGACAGACCGACAACUGCAGCAACAACCACAGCAGCCACCGCAGCCUCAGCAGCAGUGCACUUCACCACCAACCGGCAAUGCUACACCUUCCACACCUGGUUGCCUGAGAGAGAGGCCUUCACGCAAAAGUCACAAUGACUCAUACAAUUCUUACCGUGAAGAAUCCUCCAGACAUCAUUCUUCUGUGCUCCAAAAUAAGUCACCUAAGGAGCCCAGGGGUGAUUCUCAUCAAAGUAGGCUGCCUAAAGACCACACAAGCGGGGAACCUCCUCCGAGUACAGCAGCCAAGGAGCACCGAGGAGAACCACCUUCGUACCCCUAUCCCACCCCUAAUCCUAUUCAACAGCAAACGUCACCUCAAGAAUCAGCUGAUAAGAGCAAAAACAUGAAUUCUUUCUCUUAUAAAACUGACACUCUGACCAAAAAGAAGGAGGGAAGUGGUGGUGGAAAUGGUACCAUUGAGAAGCAAUCCAAAAGGUUUGGACUCAGGCUGUUUAGACUGAGUUUCAAAAAGGACAAAAUGCGGCAGUUGGCUAGCUUUUCAGCCCAGUUUCCACCAGAGGAGUGGCCUCUUCAUGACGAGGAUGUGCCCACCACGCCCAUUCCACGGGAGGUCGAGAUGGAGAUUAUUCGUAGAAUCAACCCUGACCUCACAGUGGAGAAUGUGGCAAGGCAUACACAGAAAAACAAGUUAGGAUCAGCCCAGCACAGUGCACGCAGCAGGAGGGGCAGGGGACAUCGCAGGGCCCCUCAUGGUAAGUCUCGUUCUCAUAGCAAACCCAGGACGUCAAGGGGGGACCCAUCGGAGGGUUCAAACUGGGAUCUACUGUUCAUGGAAAGAGAUUACAGGUUCUUUAGCCACUCAUUAGUCCGGUCGCCUAGAGAAGCAAUGUACACCUUGGAACGCAGGCGGAGUGGAGGUGCAACAUACCUGGUCCACAGCAAUCCCAACAUUACUGAAUCAUACUGCCCUGUUACCCCUGAGUGGGACGUGUCGGGGGAGCUAGCUAAGAGACGAACAGAGAUGCCUUUUCCUGAACCUUCACGUGGAACUUGCCAGUCCAGGGUUCAACGAAGUCACAGUCACAAUCAGGACAGGAAAUCGCGUCAUGAGAGGUCUGAUCAUGCUAAAGAACGAUCCCGGUCCAUGGACAAUUCCCUCAAAGGGCUGUCACUGGGUGUGCCAGAAGACUUUGAACCCAGUCUGGAGGAGCGCACUCAUUACUAUACUGACGACGGCACCCUGCGAGCCACGCAGAAAUCAUCUCAUUACUCAAGGAUCAUGUUCUCUGCUGCAAAGUUCCACUCUGAUUUUAAUGUGCCUGAUGUGGGGAAGGGAAGUCUGGAUGAGUCGAGGAUGAGGAAUACGAUAGAGCGGAACAAAAGCAGAGACAGUUUGCCAACGUAUAAUGAGCUAAUGGGACUUUCUCCUAAGCCCUCAACAGAUGAGUAUUUUCAGUGCAAUACAUCAAAUGAAACAAUCCUAACUGCCCCUUCGCCUCAGGCAAAAUCAGAAUACGACACAUUAACCUCAUCAGGGGGACUCCAAAAGGGCUCUCCAGCUGACCGCCAGACGCCUCACCUCACAACUCCUCAUACAGUGGAGUAUAAGGAGGACUUGUCUGCAGCAAAAGGACAAAAUGGCUCGGGAAUGCGAAUGACACCUAGCCAGACUCCAGAGCCUGUGCAAAAUGCACGUUUGACGCCACAUCAACACAACGUAGACCCUGGAGGGGGAGGAGGCACUAUCGUAAUCAAAAGAAAAGAGAUCUUCAGCAAGGACACUUUGUUUAAACCUCCACACAAUGCCUUGUCCACAGGCUACGUGGACAGCAGCUACACCAAGUCCGGCACAUUGCGGAAAGCCUCUCAUGCCAAAUCAACAGAGGCCCUAGACAAUCCUGAGCCCCAACAGCCUUCCAAUUCAGCCACUUCCUCAGCAUCACCUGCAGUCUUACAGAGCUGCUUAGAGCCAACAGUCCCCUCUGCCUCAUUUGACUACUAUAACGUAUCAGACGAUGAGGAAGAGGAAGAGACAGAGGAGGACUCGCACAAAGAGUUGGCUUCAACAGAAGACAAAAAGGACUUCGGGGAAGUGGAUGGUAGUGGAGGAGUCAGUGGUGGUGUCGGAGAUGGGACUAUGCAGUGGCUCCUGGAGCGGGAGAAGGACCAUGAUCUGCAGAGAAAGCUGGAGACCAAUCUGACCUUACUCAGCCCCAAGGAGACAGAGAACAGCAGCAGUCAGAAGUCAGCCCACUCUGCCCGUUUGGACAGCAUGGACAGUAGCAGUGUCACGGUUGACAGUGGAUUUAACUCCCCAAGGACACGUGAAAGCCUUGCAUCCAAUACAUCCAGCAUUGUGGAGAGCAAUAGGCGCCAGAAUCCAGCACUAAGCCCCGGCCACAUGGGUACUAGUAAUAUCGGACUGCCAUUCAGCUUUCGCGCAAUCCCAGAGCCCCCCACCACCACACCGCCUGAGAAACUCCAGAAGUCAUCCAACUGCCUGGCUUCCAUCACCAGCGUCUGACAGGCAGCACAAUCUGAGACCAUGAAG